CCUCCACGAUCAUCAUCAUCGGCAGCCAUUCCAAACAACCACAUCAGCCUCAUCAUCUUCCUUCUUCCUUUCCUCUGCAACUCGCACUCACAGUGGUCUCUCAGAAGACCUCUGUUGGAUGCUUGUUGCCCCCUCUAAGACAAGUAGUUGCGUGUACUUCUCCUUUGAGUUAUUGGAGAUGUCAGCUCAAGGUUUAAUGUCCUUGUCUCGGGGAUGGCGGGCGAGACUAGGCUCGCGCAGAAGCAGGGCAUAGUCACUAUUCUGAGCUCUGACUAUGAGAGGAACAGAGCUUCAUCUUCUCCUUCCCUGCGACGCACUCUAUCCGCAGACAUGUCCUCUAAGAAAUGGCUCUCUCAAAAUGGGUUCUUCUCUCCCAUGAAGAAGACUGUUUCAUCCCAGAGGCUCUCACAUUCAGAAACCAUCGUUGCUGCUUCUGCUGCUGACUCGUGCUCCUCGUCUGAAUCAGACUCAUCGGAUGACUGCGAAGAAAGGAAAGAUCUGGAGGCUGAAAGUAUUGGGAGCACAAUCCGAAAAGACAAAAACAAGGAGAGUGAGAAGCCCGGAGCGUUUGACAUCUGGAGCUCCAUUGUAUCCCAGAAAACCAACGAGGAUGCCUCCAAAUCAUCCCUGCCUCCUCCUUAUAUUCACCCACUUGUGAAAAGAUCACAAAGCUCUCUGAGUGAGAAAAGCCUCCAGAUUUGCACAGAGAGCCUCGGAUCCGAAACAGGGUCCGAUGGGUUCUCUUCAUACCCGUCAUCUGAGACCGGAGAAACAGAGGAAGAUAACGACGAUGAAGAAGAAGAAUCAGAGAAAGAGGCACUCCAAGAACAACGUGAGCCAGAGGAGGACUUCGUUGUGCCAAAAUUCAAUUACUCUGCGACUUCCAAGAAAGCUGGUCCUCGUUCUUUCCCCCCUCCCCUUCCUUCUCUAACUCGCCAAGAUGGACCCUCUGUUCACAUGAGGUCCCGCCGUGAAAAUGGAAGGCUUGUCCUCGAAGCUGUGUCCGUUCCUUCUCAGAACAACUUCUGUGCUCAUCGCCAAGAUGGUCGCCUUCUCCUCACUUUCAAUAAUCUUGCCACCAACGAAGAAUUCCAGCACGAUGAAGAUGACGAUGAAGAAGAAGAAUACCAUGUGGACGUAGAAGAGAUGGAACAAGAGUUUGGGGAGUUUAAGGAUGAUGCUGAAGAAGAGAAUGAACAUGAGGAGGAUGACGAUGAGGAAAAAGAGGAGGAAGAGAUCGACAAAAGGGAGAUAGAACAAGCACCAAUAUUAUCUAGUGGAGUUGAAAGUGUGCAUAGGUUAGGAUUGACUAUGAACAAGCCAAUUGGGUUUGUGAAUAGGAACCCAAAGUGGUCGGAGAAGUUGAACGAGGUGGUGAAUUCGGAGGAUGUUAAGGUUGUGGAGAAAAGUACCACUGGCGCGAAAUCAUCACUUCCACCAAGGCCAAGGGCGGCUCGAUCGGUCCCAUCAGCGCCAGCUGGGGCAACUUCUGCGGUACCAUCUUUCAAUCGUUAUGAAUACUUCUGGAGAGCCAAAUCCACAAAUCAUCCCCAGAAUAGCUCACCACUGAAGAACAGUUGCAAGCGUAUAGUCUCUGAGGCAAUUAAUCAAACACCUCAGGAGCAACAGAAAUUGCUGGUUCUGAGAGGCAAAAAUGGUGAUUACAUGGUUCACAAUUGGAGGAGUUGCAAGGAGUCUAGAAGAUCCUUUCUAUUCUGGGAACCACAUUUGGUUGCAACAUCCUGAGUCACAUAACAAUUAGACAAUUCACAAUCCCAUACGCCUUGUGGCCCCACAGCUAAUCCACAAAAUCCAUUUGCUCAAAUUAUUAAUUACUCCAUCCGUUUCUCCCAACCCAGUUCCGCUCUUUCUGGGAGAAGUCAUCAAAUAAAAGAUAUGGAGAAGGAUAUAGAGAGAGAGAGAGAGAGAGAGAGAGAAUUACUUCUAAUUUGCCAGAUCAAGGAAAUGACUUGAACAGUGUCAUAUUUAUAUAUGAUAUUGAUGUGAUAUGUAUUUAUAUUUGUGAAUUCGUCUUGCUUUUUUUCUGAUUGCUCUUGCUAUGGAUGAAGAGCUUGGCUAUAAAAUUUUGAACAUUUUUUCCAA